GAAUGCCUAAAGAUCAAGAGUAGGGCCCGGCAAGCGUGUGAGAGGCCAGGUGGAACCAGGUGAGGAGAAUCCAGCCCCGUGAGAAGUCCCCUGGCAGGAAGAAGCCAUGGCACUGCUGUUGCACAAGGCUGUGUUUCUUCUGCUAGUCCAGCUGAUUGCCUCUGCCUCCUGCUACCAGUCCACCUCCAAGCCUGAGGUCAUCUCCCAUCCACCCAGGCACCUCUUCAGGAUCAGAGAGCGGGGAGCCCAGAAACCAGUCCCAGGAAGACUUCUGACUUGGCAGGAGAAGGGGAAAGUUUACCCCUUUGCUGUGGGAGAGAGAGGAGCAUCAGGCCAGGAAAUCCAACGAGUCCGCAGGUCCUGGCUGGCAGACUACAUGGACGAUCUCUGGACCCAUAUCCGUGGGUCCUUCCCCCGGGCAGCUCUGUACAUCUUCCCCCUUGCCUUGGGGAUCAUGCUCCUUCUCUGUUGCAUCACGGUUCUUUUGGACUGAAGAGACCAGAGGAACUUCCAGACGUGCCUAUGUCCUCUCAGUCCAGCGAUGAGAUGCCAGUUGGGCCGAGGAGCACAUGGCUCCACUGAAGGAAGCUUCCCCAGGAAGUUCUAGGGUUUGUGUUCCACAAAUAGGAGAUCAGCAUGUGCUGUUACUUAUUUCCUUUCACACUGGUGGUUUUAUCUUAAUGAAAAACAUU